AUGACAUCAGCCACGAAGCCGAAAAUCCUUCUCCUGGGAGAAAUCGACCAUGCUCAUGACGCAUGGCAAGGUCUUUCCAAUAUCGGAGAACUUGUAACCCCCAAGGCUACGAAUCGAGCAGAGUUCCUUCAGGAAUGCCGUGACGGCAAACUUGACGGGGUGCGCGUGGCAUAUCGGACUUUCUCGUCCGCCUCGAUUACCGGCUUGAUUGACCAGGAGAUCGUGGAUGCAUUGCCCAAGUCUAUGGAAUUCCUGGCCCACUGCGGCUCUGGAUAUGAUCAAGUAGAUGUUGCUGCCUGCAGUGCUCGAUCACCACCGCUGCGGGUCUCCAAUGUGCCUACCGCUGUAGACGAAUCUACGGCUGAUGUGAGCAUGUUCUUAAUCAUCGGUGCUCUUCGCAAUUUCAACGCCGGUAUGCAGAAUCUGCGUGAAGGUAAAUGGAAAGGCUCCCCUCAGCCAAUUGCUCUAGGACAUGAUCCCCAGGGGAAGGUACUGGGCGUCCUUGGAAUGGGGGGGAUCGGACGUAAUCUAAAGAAGAAAGCUGAAGCGUUUGGAAUGACUGUGAUUUAUCAUAAUCGAAGGGAGCUUAGUGUUGAAUUGGCUGGUGGAGCGAAAUAUGUGUCCUUUGAUGAACUGUUGGCUCAAAGCGAUGUUAUUUCCUUGAACUUGCCCUUGAAUAAAAACACUAGGCACAUUAUCAGCCACGCGGAAUUCGCCAAGAUGAAAACUGGCGUCAUCGUUGUGAAUACAGCCCGUGGCCCCGUCCUAGACGAAGAAGCUCUUGUUAUGGCACUCGAUAGCGGAAAAGUUGCUUCCGCAGGGCUCGACGUUUUUGAAAACGAGCCUGAAAUCCACCCGGGAUUGAUCCGGAAUCCAAACGUUAUAUUGGUUCCGCAUAUGGGGACUUGGAGCGUUGAAACCCAGACCGGAAUGGAGGAAUGGGCAAUCAGCAAUGUUAGACAGGCGGUUGAGGCGGGGAAACUUAGGUCUCCUGUGCCUGAACAGGCGCAGCUAUAG